AUGUCCCCACCCCACAUCGCUUUCUUAAUCAGAGAGCUAAACGUAUAUUUCUUUCUCCUUUCCCAUCCUCUCUUUCUCUCUCUCUCUCUCUCUCUCUCUCUCUCGCUUGUUCUCGCUCUUGUUCUCUCACUCCCUCUCUGGUUCUCUAUCAUGUUCUAUCUCUUUCCCUUGUUCUCUCUCUCUUCUUUCCUCUCUUGUUCUCUCUCUUUUUCUCUCUCUCUAGUCCUAUCUCUCCCUCUAGUUCUAUCUCUAUCUAUCUAUCUAGUUCUCUCUCUUGUUCUCUCACUUUUUCUCUCUCUUGUUCUCUCUCUUAUUCUAUCUCUUUCCCUAUUCUAUCCCUCUCUUGUUCUCUCUCUUAUUCUAUCUCUCUCCCUAGUUCUAUCUCUCUCUUGUUCUCUCUCUUAUUCUAUCUCUCUCCCUAUUCUAUCUCUCUCUUGUUCUCUCUCUUAUUCUAUCUCUCUCCCUAGUUCUAUCUCUCUCUUGUUCUCUCUCUUAUUCUAUCUCUCUCCUAGUUCUAUCUCUCUUUUCUUCUCUCUCUUAUUCUAUCUCUCUCCUAGUUCUAUCUCUCUCUUGUUCUCUCUUAUUCUAUCUCUCUCCCCUAUUCUCUCUCUUGUUCUAUCUCUGUCCCUGUUGUUCUCUCUUUUUUGUUCUCUGUCUUGUUCUAUCUCUCUCCCUAGUUCUAUCUCUCUUUCUAUAUAUCUCUCUUGUUCUCUCUCUCUCAUUAUAUCUCUUUUUAGUUCUCUCUCUCUCUCUCUUUUCUAUCUACCUCUCUCCUGUUCUCACUCUCUUUCUUGUUCUCACUCUUUCUUUCUCUCUCUCUCUCUUUCUCUCUCUCUAGCUCAAACUAGGUCGUUAGACGUUAAUUUAACUGUCUGUAGAAGAAAAAGGUCAAAGAUAUCAAGCUAUCUGGAUCACUGGUUGGCUAUCUAUCUAUCUAUCUAUCUAUCUAUCUAUUCCAGUUCCUUCAUAUCUAUCUAUCUAUCUAUCUAUCUAUCUAUCUAUUCCAGUUCCUUCAUAUCUAUCUAUCUAUCUCAGUCUACCAAUAUCCAUAAUUUGAAGAGCUUAACAUGA